AUGGAGCUCGCGGCUGUCAAGGCGCGCGUAAAGGCCUGGGAAAAGGCCUUUAAAGCCCAACACGGAAGGGCGCCGGUCAAGGACGACAUCAAGCGCGACGGCGACAUUGCCGACCAGUAUGCCCUGUACCGCAGCCUCUCCAAGUCGACCACAUCUAAUUCUCAGCCCUCUGCUUCCUCAUCCUCGCGCCCGGCUUCCAAUGGGUCCGACGCGCUCGACGCCGAUGUGACGCGCACUCCCUCGCGCCGCAGGCUCCUUCCACCAGCACCUGCAACACCGACUCCUCCAGCUGCUAGGCGAAGCGUUUCUGCCGCAUUGUUCUCAGUCUCAACCUCGACCUCGACCUCGGUCCCUGGUGAAGCAGGUCCCUCACGCCCAAAACGCACCGCUGCCGACAUGUCCCCGACGACGCCCCGCAAGAUGACAUCGACUCCCAAGCGUGCCAAACCCGGAUACACUGGCCCAGUGCACGACCCCAACCCCAACCCCUUCAGCGUCACCCCGCGCAAAGGAGGCUCGGCCACCAAGCCUACAGGCCUCCAGUCCGAGUCUCCGUUCAUCUACGCCAACUCGCCGCGCAAGAUGCGCGACCUCCUACAGGCCAACUCGCUUCACGCGUCGCGGGACCGUGCAGCAGUGGAGAACACACCGCGCACAAGGGCCCGGAAGCGUCUGGCAGGCGAGGAGGUGGAUCCUACGCCCGCCAAGGCGCCGCGCCGUCGCCGGGGCGACCGCCCAACAGCCAGUGGUGCAACUGGUGGCGGUGGUGCGGGACUGUUUGCUGGUGCGCUGCCAGCAGCCGACUUUGGGGGCACGGACGAGGAGGAAGAACUGGACGAGACGCCCAUGAAGCCCUUUACGCUUGUCCACAGCGCGGACAAGAGAAAAGGAGCGAACAAGGCCGUCAUCAGCCCCACUGCUAAGUUGGGCGGUCGAGGAACCGACCUGUUCCCCAUGUUCCAGCUCGCCAAGCGUGCAGCCGAGCAGCGUGCAGCAGAUCCACCCUCGAAGCGCCGAGCAAGUGGCCAAAACAACAGCAACAGCGCCAACAACAACGCCAACCACCGGCAUCGUGCGCACUCGCCCGAAAUUGCCCCCAGUUCACCGUCCCCGGAAGCCCCGUCCCUCCCUGACGCGUUUGGGUUUGAAGGGCCCUCUGACUGGACCAACGCCGAGGCGUCUGAAGUGGACGCCGACGUGUCGGCCUCGGCACCGCCGUCCGAUGCGCACACACCCUCAGCGGCAUCAGACACACCCGCGCCGGACGACCGCCUCUCGACCCCUCCGGCGGGAUCGCCACCUGUCCAGACUCAAUCACAGCGUACCCCUCGCCGUGAGCGCCAUCGCGCACGCGUCCUCGCCCUGUCUGAGGACGAAUGGGACCCCGAAGCGGACCCGCGCAUGGUCCGCGUGACGGGCACGCGCAGGCAGGCGAUCAAGCUGCGCCCCGACGCGGGUGUGGCCAGUGACGAAGAUGACGAGGAUGAUGCCGAUGACGACAUGGCCGACAGCGCGGACGAGGGCGAGAGCCAGAGCGAUGGUGAAGACGGAGAUGGGCAGGAUGAUGGCGACGAGGCCGAGGACGAGGCUACCGACGCCGACGCCGCCGGCGGGAGCGGGGUCCGCCGCGCCUCUGCACCUGCCGGCCUGCUCUCCCUGCUCUCCCUGCGUUCCCCCAUCGCGCGGCGGGGCGAGCGGCUGGCCGACCUGCGCGUGCGCGCCCUCCUCGACCCGACGUCGGCCGCUGCCGCCAUGCUGCGAGCCCAGAAGCGCGGCCAGGACGUGUACGUCUCUGGCGAAGCGGCCGAGGGCGAGGAGGACGACGAGUGGGGCGACAACGCGGCUGCUCCCGGCGGCGGCGGGGUGGGGGGUGAGGGGGAUGACGACUGGGAGAGUGACCCCGAGGGCUGGAAGGCGGUGGCUAGUGAGGAGGAGUGGUAG